CCUUUCUUCUUCGCUUUGGUUUUCCAGGAAAGGCUUCCUCCUCCCGCCUCCACCGCCCCAGCUCCGUCCAUUCCACUUUCACUCCGGGAACCCUCCGGGGACACCACAGUAUCUGUAAACUCACUUUACCGACACUUCAACCACCAGUUCAAUGGACAAACAGCUCUCAUCCGUCACCAAAGAUGUUGCUGUGGAGAUGGUGAAAUUGGCUCAGAAAAGGGGAAUGGAGGGUAGCAAAGGUGGGUGGAAAGAGUUUUUGAAUUUUUACGAUAAGAAAAUUGGCGCCAGCUUGAGCGACCCUUCUAAAAGGCCCCUUGAUACAUUGCUAGCCUUUCUUAAAUCAUUCACCAAACAUGAGGACCUGAAGUUCUUUGAGAAACUUUUGGAAUGCCAUUCCAACCGUGAUCAAGUAGCUCAAGUUCAGAAAGCUUCUGUGGAUGCUGAAUCACCUGAACAGAGGUUGGUUCGUUUGACUCUAGAGCAUUCUCAGUACCCGAUUGAUUAUACAUUCCCGUCGCACGAGGAGGAUUGGUUGGUAAUAAAGCGUAGUAAGAAGGCCAAGGCUGUGAAAUCUACGAAGAUGGUUGCUGUUGAUUGUGAGAUGGUUCUUUGUGAUGAUGGCACCGAAGCUUUAGUGAGGGUCUGUGUUGUUGAUCGUGAUUUGCAGGUUAAAUUGAAUAAACUCGUCAAUCCCAAUAAAGAGAUUGCGAAUUACAGAACUGAGAUUACUGGGAUCACUUCAAAAGAUUUGGAUGGAGUGACUUGUACAUUGUCUGAUAUACAGAAAUCUAUGAAAAAACUCCUAUCUCAUGGAACUAUAUUAAUUGGUCACAGUUUGAACAACGAUCUUCGAGCAUUGAAGAUUGACCAUGCACGAGUAAUUGACACUUCUUACAUCUUCAAGGCUGAGGAUGGGCCUUCUAGCAGAAGACUUUCUCUGAGUUCCUUGUGUAAGUCUGUACUAGGUUAUGAGCUUCGGAAAAUGGAUGCUUCACAUAAUUGCUUAGAUGAUGCUUGUGCAGCAAUGAAACUUGUUUUGGCCAAAAUUGAACGGGGUGUUGACACUAUAAUUCCACUGGCUAAUGAUGAAGUGCACGAUGUGGAUUUGACUAAGCUUCUAGUCCAUGGAAUUCCAGUGAAUCUUAACAGUGAUGAUCUGCAUGAAGUUAUUCCAGGGGAGUUUACAGUUGAAGUUAAGGCUAAUAAAAAAAGGGUUCAAGGAGUGAAGUAUACUGCCUUUGCAAUUUUCAAAAAUCAGCAAGAAGCAAACAAAGCAUUCGAUAACCUUGAAGGGAAACUUGAUAAGGACACCUCUGGACGUGUUCAGAAAUUAGUAUCCUUUAAACUCAGUAAAGGAAAUGUCGGUAGCUUGUAUGUUCGUAAAAUGGCUAAUGAUUCUCCUGGACCAGAUGCAUCCAAGAAGAGGUCACUUGAAUCUGAACUUACCUUAGAUGUUUCGAAGAAAUUAAGGACUGACCAGGAUUGCAGAAUGGUUGAGGAGAGUAAGCACACAGAUACUUGUGAGAAUCAUUUGAAAGAAAUUGAAAGAUUGAGGGAAGAGCUAAAAAAACGGGAUGCGGAAAUUUCCAGCUUGAACAAGAUCCUUGUUGCUCUGACAAGGAAGCAAGGACUUUAAGUUGAAGUACAAGACUUGUCAUGCCUGAUUAGAUAGAAGCACAUCAUUUCAAUCUGCACUAAGUUGGGAUAUUAUUCUUUUUAAGUUGGGAUGUUACUGAGGCUCUGGUUGGCUGGACACAAACUUGAUGCUGCAUGCUCUGCCAAGACUAUUUCAGAUGAACGGUUCUGUUAACGUUGACUGAUUUGUCCUGUGCUAGGUUCCUGGAGGAAAUGUUACCAUACGUGAUAUAGGAACAGCCUGCUUUGUAGCAUGGCAGGAUUUUUUGCUGGGAAAAAAAUAUUCAAGAGUAAAAACGUUACCUUUCCUCUCCAUCUUGUAUGAAAUGGAGCUCUAGCUAGCGUUCUAGGAACCUUUGAUUGUCUUAAUAUUGUCCAAAACUCUCUAUUUUGUAGAUUUUCUUAUUGAGAUUUUGUAAUUGAAAGUGAAAACCUUUGUUUGGUAGAUCUUCUUAUUUAACUUCUGUUGCUUCAGGCAGUUUACAUAUUAUAAUCCGACAGCUAAGGUGCCAUUCAGCAACUGUUGACCUCG